AAAAACUUGUCGAAGUGCCUAAAUUGUAUCAUUCAAUCGAGAGUCAUCCAACAUUGUACAACGUACAAAGAAGGCAAAUUUUUAUCCCAGUUUCAUUCUGAAAUAAAUUAAAUUUCAUCCAUCAUGCUGAAAUUCAUCGGGCUCGUCGCUUGUGUCACGGUAGCGGCUUCCGCCUAUCGAGUGCAUGUUCCCCAUCAAGAGGAGCACCAUGUGGAGUUGGAGAAGCAUCACAAACCUGAACUCCAUAAAGUCGAACACCACAAAAUUGAGCAUCACCACGAAGAUCACAUCGAAGUUCCCCACGAUUAUUUCGCCCAUGCCAAGUACAAGUUCGACUACGGAGUUAAGGAUCCCCAUACCGGAGACCAUAAGACCCACUGGGAAGAACGAGAUGGCGAUGUCGUGAAAGGAGCAUACACGUUGUUCGAUGCUGAUGGUAGCACUCGCAUCGUGGAGUACACUGCGGAUCCUAUACACGGAUUCAAGGCAGUCGUCAAGAAGAUCCAACACGAGCCGUUGGUUCACCAUGAACCGGAGAAGAAACAUCAUCACGAACACAAGCAUUUGGAAUAAGGAGCUGAAUUUCCUAUCCUAUUAGUUCUUACCCCCAAAAGACUUGAUAUUUAUUGCUAAUGUUGUUAAGUUUGUAGCCCAUUCUAGCGCGAGACUCAUAAUAAUAAUACAUGUAUUGUUUAA